AAAAAAAAUGCUCCGUUUUCCAUUCCUGUAUCUUUUCCUUUGAUACAUCUCUGCUUCGAGAAGAAAGUUAGGAUCUUUUUGUAUGGGUGCGUGGAGGAUGAUGUGGGUUUAGGCUCUUUUUAUCGGAGGGAGAGAGAUAGCGCACAGAAAUGGGUUUGUGUGUAUCGGUGCAGAAGAGUUCCGAGCCGAUGAAAGUGGGACUGUCGUUUGGGUCCAAAACUGAAAAGCACACCAUUCCGCCGUCGCCCGUCAAAGAAAAACAGGCCAAUGGUAACCGUCCGGUCAAAUCGCAGUCUCCCUCAACCGUAAAGGACUUUGGUAGUAAAGAGGAUACUUUUUUUGAUUCCCAAGCAUGGUUAGACUCGGAUUGUGAAGAUGAUUUCUGCAGUGUUAAUGGCGAUUUUACGCCAUCUCGUGGUAGUACUCCAGUCCAUCAUAGUUUCUCAGGGGGUACAACUCCAGUGCACAAAGCCCUUGUGAGCAGGACUCCAUCUCCCAUUCCUGAACCAUCUCCAACAGGAGAAAAAAAGAAACUGCUUGAACUGUUUAAAGAGAGCAUUGGAGAAGAUCCAGAUUUUGAUGGACAACAUAACUCAGGCAACCAGAGUGUUGCCAGUGGAAAACCAGAAGUGAAGUCGACUAUCCUAGACCUGCUUUCAAAGUCUGCAAAUGGUACCCCUUUGGUCUCUACAGCUAAUUCUGUGAGUAGUAGUGGAAGUACUGCAAAAGGAGGAGAUGACACAAAGGGAAUGGAGAAACCUAUAAGAGCUUCACUGUGUUGCCUCCCAAGCUUGGUAUCACAUCGAGGAAGAAGAAGGUGAAUCAUACCAUUGCUGUAAAUGAAAAGCUUUGAUUUUCCAUGCAUUUACUAGCAUAUAUGCUGAAGAAGUCCGGAUUUAGACUCCAAGGGAUCGCAAGCUAGAGGUAACUCUCCACCUCUCAUUUUGUUAAGCACCAUGAAGUUUGGAUUCGAGGCCAUGUAAACAUGAACUCCACGAGGAUUUUAUAGCUCUGUCAGCUCCAAAGUGAUUUUUUUUCUUUUUUUGGGACCAGAAGUCUAUACCUACCAUGCAACAAAAAUUUUAUAUGAAAGAUCAUAGUAAUGAACAUAUUGAGACACUGCGGUACUUGUUUGCAUACCCAGUCUUAAUAACAGUGCUUGAAUAUC